CUUCAGCUCCUUUGCCAGUCAGACUUUGUGGCAGGACAAACUCUAUUUCAGAAGCAGUUCUUAUUUUACUGUCCCCAACUCUUACCACUGAAUGUCAGCUGUCUGAGACUUAAGGUAUAACUUUUCAAUGGUGGUGAUUAAAAGAGCUAAGUCAUCAUAGGAACAAGGAAAUGAACAGACUCUGUCCUUUCUCUAAAAAGUAAUUGCAAGUGCAAUGGAACUGUAUCUAAUUUUGGCUACUUUUUUUCUUACAGGAUUGUUGAAGCCUAGACAUCCCCUCCCCUCCCCCUCCCCCCUUUGCCGCUUUGUGGCAUCCCCCUCCCUCUACCCUUUCCCACUCUGAUAAUCUGGUCAUGACUAGCAGAAGCACAGCCAGGCCCAAUGGGCAGCCCCAGGCCAGCAAAAUAUGCCAAUUCAAAUUGGUCCUCCUGGGGGAAUCUGCAGUGGGGAAGUCUAGCCUGGUAUUACGUUUUGUUAAAGGGCAGUUCCAUGAGUACCAGGAAAGUACCAUUGGAGCGGCCUUCCUCACGCAGUCCGUUUGUCUAGAUGACACAACAGUCAAGUUUGAGAUCUGGGACACAGCUGGGCAGGAGCGAUACCACAGCUUAGCCCCCAUGUACUAUAGGGGUGCUCAAGCUGCAAUUGUGGUUUAUGAUAUUACUAAUCAGGAAACCUUUGCCCGAGCGAAGACAUGGGUAAAGGAACUACAGCGGCAGGCCAGUCCUAGCAUUGUUAUUGCCCUGGCAGGGAACAAAGCUGAUCUGGCCAACAAGCGCAUGGUGGAGUAUGAAGAGGCUCAGGCCUAUGCAGAUGACAACAGCUUAUUGUUUAUGGAAACUUCAGCAAAGACAGCUAUGAACGUGAAUGAUCUCUUCCUGGCAAUAGCUAAGAAGUUGCCAAAGAGUGAACCCCAGAAUCUGGGGGGUGCAGCAGGCCGAAGCCGGGGUGUGGAUCUCCAUGAGCAGUCCCAGCAGAACAAGAGCCAGUGUUGUAGCAACUGAGGGGGGUGGCUAGCAGCAAACAAGUACGGAGCUAGCACGACAGCUAAGAAAUAACCUCCAUCCCCACCCCCUCAGCACACAGCCCCUAUGGUAACAGCACACUGAGCCCUGGCUCCCAAGGGCUGCCUCCUGACAGCUCCGUCAUGGCACUUUUUAACGCUUCAGCAACCAACACCAGGCAGCUGUUGCCACUGUCCUCCUACCCCUUAUUCUGGGGUUUGGGGGUGAAAUCCCUCCAGGACUUACCUUCCAAAACAAACUUUCUUCACUUUGUAUUAUAGGUGCAAGACAGUGACGUACUUAUUUUUCCUCCUCCUCCCCUGUGUUCUUCUCCAUUUUUUUCAGAAAACACUUUGUCUCCUGCCCUUUCCCCCGUCUGCUUUUGAUCAAUUCCUGUCCUUGAUCCUCUUUUCCUCCUCUCCCCAGGUUGGAGAAGGUGGUAAACCCAGGAACCAAGGAGGAAGGUUUCUAGUAAGGGUCCUAGGGAGAGAAUAAGGCUCAGAGCAGGAAGGAAGUAGGAAACCUUUCCUUUUUUAAAUCUGGUUGGAGUUUCUCAUAUUUGAAAACACUGUAGUAUCCAUGAGUUGGCCUUGUGGAGGCUAUUCCUAGGUAGAGGUGAGAAUGAGUAGGCAAGCUCUCAGGCACCAUGUGGGAAUUGUGUUGUUAGCUAACUGGAUUGAGGUCAACGUAGAGUGUCAUCUAUGGCUCUGGAACACCUCCAAGGCCAAGUUUUCCCUCACAUAGCCUCUUAGGAGCUUCUCUCCUAGAGUGGGGAUUGGGCCCCAGAGUCCUCCAAAGAAUCUUCACUGAUUGCCUACACCUUUGGCUCUGCUGUGAUCUAAUUGGAGAAGGGGCCAGUCUCUGAUACCCAUCCUCUGAUUUACACAUAUGCACUUCCCCCUGCCCUUAAGAUGGCCUGAGCGCCACAUACCCUAUCCCCCUGCAGUUUGCACUUUAAUUGAUGGUAGUUCAGUCAGGAUACUUGUUUUAUGGGGGUUAUUGAUUGAAUUACCUGUCCUGUAACCUUCUUUUUAAUUAAAUGGAAUCAGAGCUAUAUGAGGUUUGGGGAGAGGCUACAAAGAACAGUGCUAGUGGUAGCUACUCAACCCAGUCUCCACUGCUACAGUUUCCUCCAGCUCUGAUUGUAACCUCUAUUCUUGCCAACCUAGCUCUUGGGAGUAGCCUCACAAUAGCAUGGGCCAAGAUAGAGGAGUAAAGAGAGGUCAGCAAAAGGCAUGAUUUUCUAUCCUUUUCCAAGGUUCACAUUCAAUUUGCUAUCCAUUACCAUGUCUUUUCUACUUCCCUGUAAAUAGGUAUAAUCUUUAUUCUCACUGUACAGUCUGGUCUAUUUCCUGCCUCCCAUUAGUAUCUUAAGUUUAGUUCCUCCAUUCUCAUCCUACCAUACCUACCCUUCCAUGCAACCAGUGGUUCAAUUCAUGUACCAGUAGGGGCUACCACAGAGGCCUACUUUUCCCUGUCUUAUCAUACGACCUGUGGACAGGAGGUGACAAGCACUGAAGGUACCUCACAACUGUCUCACAUCAGAGGACCUUGGUCUCUAGCCUAUCUUCACAUCCUUCAUCAGAUGUUUUAGGAUGUCUGUGGGAAGCCAUCAAGGCAAGGGAGAACUCCAGUUCCUUCUUGUUCUAGCGCAGGAUUUUGGGAAAAUUUGGGGAAGAAAGACAGAAAAGGCUACAGUAACGCAGAGUUGUAAUCAUUCUGUCCUUUUGGCUUACAGAUGGCUUUCUGUCCAGAACAUCUGAGAAAUCCAUGAAACAGAUUCUGAAGGACCCAGCUUAGGUUCUUCCACUUAGGCCUCAAUUCCCUUCUUUUUCCAGGGGCAGCCUUAGUUCCUGUGGCCCUGAAAUACACAUACAAUUUCCCCUUCCUUUCCCAGAACCCAUUAGUAACCCAAAGUACCCUGUACAUCCUUUUUUUUUUUUACAAGCGGAAGAACUCGGAUGGCUCUGUAAGUCUCUUAGAAAUUCUCUGUGGAGCUUUCCCCAUGGAUCAGGAGUGAAGGUGUUUCAUUGCCUGGUGUUGGGAAACCAUUUCCCCAGGCUUCUCUCCUCAGUCACCCACUAAGAACAGAAUUGGCCUUUGCUUCUAGGCCUAUCUGCUGCCUUCCCUCUACUCCUUCCAGCUCUUCUGCCCUCCUUUGAGCUCUGUUGGGGUUGGGGGGAGUCUUAGGUUUUUUUUUAAUUUCUUUUUUUUUUUUU